AUUCUUAAUCAUCAAAUUCAUUUAAAUCCUCUCUCUAUCUCUCUCUCUUCAUUCCAUAAGUACAUGCAAAAUGAAUAAGGAAAUUUAUUGCAAUUAAUCACCAAUGAAGUCUCCUCCCCAAUCUCAGAGCCCUCCUCACCAAUAUCCUCAAGAAAUCCAGCUUAAGCUAUAUCAAGCUUUUAUAUUUUCAAUUCCAAUCCUUUUUUCAAUCAUUUUAUUUCUCUUAUUCUACCUUUUUUACCUCAAGAGAAGAGCCAACUCCUCCUCUUCUUCUGCCGCCGCACCUCCUCUCCUCCCCACCACCGCCGCCGCCGAUGCUACUACGCCGUUGGAUUUGAAAAUUGAAGUGAAGAACAUGCUAUGCCAAAUCCUCUACGAUGACUCUAUGAAAUCAAGGGAUUCAUUCUGGUUAAGGAAAUGACGGCGGGCAAAUCUCCGGCGGCCGGCAGCUCCACCAGCACGCAGGCCUACGGAGAAGCAUGGUAUUGGGACAACCGCUACUCUCAGGAUCCCUCCACCUUCGAUUGGUACCAAAAAUACCCCUCCCUCGCCCCCCUCAUCCGUCUCUACAUCCCCGCCCACCACCACCCCAUUCUCGUCGUCGGCUGCGGCAAUUCCGGUUUUAGUGAGGAAAUGGCUGAUGAUGGAUACAAUGAAGUGAUCAAUGUUGAUAUCUCCAGAGUGGUGAUCGAAGCAAUGCAAACCAAGUACUCGGAUACUCCGAUGCUGAAAUAUAUGGUUAUGGAUGUACGAGAUAUGAGUGCCUUUGACACGAGAUCUUUUGCUGCUGUUAUAGAUAAAGGGACACUGGACUCUCUUUUGUGUGGCCACAACUCACGACAAAAUGCUGCUAAAAUGCUUGAGGAGGUCUGGAGGGUACUCAAGGAUAAAGGAGUAUAUAUUCUGAUUACGUAUGGGUCGCCAGUUUAUCGACUACCAGUAUUGAAAGAAUUAUCUUGGACUAUUAAGCUUCAUGUGAUAGGGAAACUUCAAUCUGGUAAUACUUCAAAUUUGACCAGGGAUCUGACAACUCCAAUUCCUUUAGAUGCAAAUGGAGGCUCAACAGAAAGUGUAGGAAUGAAUGCUGAUGUUCACUAUAUUUAUGUGUGUAUUAAGGAUGAGUCUGGGAAGAACAAAGCAUGAGCCAGCCGUUUGGGGGAAUUGCUUCAGAUGUAACUGUAUUCCAUAGUAGGAUUAUCGCUAAGCCCCCUAGUUUUAUACGUGAUUGUGAUUAAUGAAUAAAGCUGAGAUUGUUGCCUGCUAUUUUGAAGAGUAAAGUCCUUUAGUUGGGUCAACCACUAAUUAUACGUAUGCGUUGCUUGGUGAUUAUAAUAUUUGAUUAUUGUUGUGUAUUUGGAGAUAAAAUGCUGUCUUUUUUUUGUUC